AUGGCUCGUUUAGCUUCUGGUUCAGUUAUUUUGGGGACAGUUGUGUGUAAAUAUACACAGAAAUUUUUAAAUGAAGAGGAAAUACUUGAAGAAAUUGAAGAAAAUGAACGUUUAGAAUCAAAUAAAAAUAAGGAGGGUGAUGAAGAAUUUGAAGAGGGAGAAAUUUUGGAAAAAAAUGAAAGUGAAUAUGGAAUUGGGGAAAUAACAACAGAUCAAAUAAAUGAAAAGAGAAUUGAAAAAAAUAAAAAAAUUGAGAAUGAUUCGAAUUUUUCUGGUCUUCCACUUACUGUUGAUUUUCGACCAUCUUCCUCUGCUCUAGGUCGUAUUCCAAUGAAUUAUUUUCGAAGGGAUAUGUACAACAACGAUCAAGAUGUUGCAUUUUCUAGAGUUAUUGACCGUUCUAUUCGCCCCACAAUUCCUGAGAAUUUUCCUCACAAGACACAGACGGGAGAUGCUGUUAUUAUGGGAAUUAAUGUUGCUUCUGCAGCUUUGGCUGUUUCCCCGGUUCCUCAAAAUUGUUUAGUUGCAGCAGCUAGAGUUGGAAUUAUUGACGAAAAGAUAAUUGUUAAUCCUUCACAUGAGCAAUUGAAACAUAGCAGUCUUGAUCUUGUGUUGACUGGGACUGCAAUUGGGAAGAAAAGUAAAGGAAAUAAUGAAUAUGUAAUUAUGGUUGAAAUGGAAGGAAAAGAAGUUGAAGCCGAGAAAUUUGUUCAAUGUAUUCAACAAGGAUUUGAUGAAAUACGCCUCACACAAGGAGCAAUCGAAAGAUUAGCUAAAGUAGUUGGACAUGAAAAAUAUAAGACAUCUUUAAACGAAUUUCCUGCUGAUUUACUUGAAAAAGUUUCUGUUUGUGAAGGGGCAAUAGAAGCUAUUUUAAAAGAACAUUCUCACAGUAAAUCUUCGCGCGGGGAAGCAAUAGAAAAUAUUUUCCAAGGUUGGCGGUUAUUAAUGGACAGACAGUCACAGACUUAUAGUGAACAAAUACUCAGGACUGUUUUUGGGGAUAUUACCAAAAAAGUCCAUAGAAAUAUUUUAUUGGAAACUGGUAUUCGAAUUGAUGGACGGAAAUCCGAUCAAUUUAGGCCAAUAAAAUGUAAAGUUAAUUUAUAUAGAAAAUUACAUGGGUCAGCAAUUUUUCAAAGAGGACAAUCUCAGGUUUUUUCUACAGUUACAUUUGAUUCUCCACAAGCAGCUUUUCAUCCUGAUGCUAUAGCGCAACUUUUGGGUGCUCAACGGAAAAAAUCUUUUAUGUUGCAUUAUGAAUUUCCUCAAUUUGCUACAAAUGAAAUUGAGAAACCAGGUGCCAGUUCGGAUCGAAGAGAAAUUGGGCAUGGUCUACUAGCUGAAAAAGCACUUCGGAAUUUGGUGCCAGAAGAUUUUCCUUAUACAAUUCGAUUAGCUUGUCAAGUAUUAGAAUCUAAUGGAAGUACUUCAAUGGCAUCAGUUUGUGCUGGUUCUAUGGCUCUCUUCGAUGCUGGAGUGCCUUUGUUAUCUAAUCUUGUAGCCGGUUUAGCAUUGGGAUUAAUUACAGAAAAAAGUGAAGAUGCACAAUUUAAUAAUGAAAUUAAUAAAAAUGAAAGUGGAAGUAAUUCUCCCAAAAAUAAAUUUCCUAAUAAAUAUUUACUUUUAACUGAUUUGGCCGGUUUUGAAGAUUUUGCCGGUGAUAUGGACUUUAAAAUUGCUGGUACUUCAAAAGGUUUUACAGCAAUGCAAAUGGAUUUAAAAAUUUGUGGAAUUCCUUUAAAACCAGAAAUGAAGUCUUCUGUUCCUAUAAUUGAAUUAAUGCAGUUACCAAUUUAUAAAAGGCCAAUUUUGUUUAGAUCUGGGGCAUAUAAUGCAAAAUUGAUUGAAGCGGAAACUGGUGUUAAAGUUAGUUCAGAAGACGAUGCAAAUAUUCAAUUAUUUGCUCCAAAUCCCGAAUCUUUAGACAAAGCAAAAUUGAUGAUUGAAAAAUUAAUGGUAGAACAACAAGAAGAGCAAUACCAAUUUGGAGCUUUUUAUAAAGCAGAAAUUGUUCGUAUUCUCGAAGGUGGAAUUCAUGUUUCUCUAAAAGAAGGUGGCCGACAUAUUUGGAUCAGAAAUUCUGACCUUUCUUCUGCACCGAGUAAACAAAAUGCACAGGCGCUUGGUUUUGAGGUUGGUCAAAAAUUAACAGUACAAUAUUUUGGCCGGGAUCAACAUACAGGACAACACAGACUUACAAGAAAAACACUUCAAAUGUUUGAUCCUCCCGUUCAAAAUUUAUUUAAAGAAAAACAACCUUUAAAUGAAAAAUCUUUAAACGAUAAAAUACAAAAGGAAACAAAAAGUUAA